AUGGAAGGGGAUGUGGGGAAUAUUACCGUCCUCCCUACUCGCUCCGACGACAGCGGCAACCUAAUCAACCCGCUCGAGAUCCCUGUCAACGUAGCGUCUGUGGCGGGUCUGGCUACGAUGUACCUCUUGGCGUACCGGGGAUACGUCGAAGGGCUCAACUUGUUUGAAAUCAAUCGAGUGGCGGGUAUUGUCUGGAUCAGGCAAAUUCUGCUGAUGCGGAGCUUGUCCGCCAUCGGUAUGUUGAGCACUGAGGUGCUGACCCUGGACGGAGGUAGCGGUCUCUGGGGGUUUCGGCGGCAGACCCACAUGGCUGUUUCCGGACAGGCCAUCUGCAUGUUCAAAACGUUCCUCGCGGCGGGUGAAGUGUCGUGGCUCGGGUUUGUCCUGAACGACUUUCUCAUGGUCGUGACCCAGCAAUCUGGCGAAUGUGUUAUCGAAGAGUCCCCGGAAAUGCGGCGACGCAAGGAAGCCGACGGUGCGCUGCAUCUGCUGUCGGUCAUUCCGCUCCAAGCAUUAGACGCACGGCAUUAG